AUGACGAUCAUGAGGACCUGGUCUUCCGCUCGGAUACCGGUAGCAGUGUUUGCACUGCUACUGACCUUGGAGGCGGUUGGGUCGGUCCACACCUACGCAAAGGUCACCUACAAAAAUUGCUUGACUGCUAGACGCGGGGUGAAUUUGGAGGGGAAAAGGGAGGCCUUCUGCGAGGUUCUUCCAGAUGACCCGGCGACGAUGAGGGACGUUUGCCGGAGAAACAUCGCGGAAUCUGGCAACAUGUGGAGGGCGUUCUGUCGCGAGUACCAGAAAUACUUCCACUGAAGUACUCGG